GAGGAGGGGGAGGAGAGGGGGGAGGAGAAGAGAAGAAUGUUGGAGGAUAUAAGGACACCCAGUCAGCUCCCACCUUACUCAUUUUCCUCCUCACACACACCCCGGAGAGUCGAGCUGUCACACACACCGAUCUGUAACCAUGAGGCUGAGCAUAAUGGGAGUUCUGCUGUGCACUACGCUGGUCGCAUGUGUCGACGUCAUGCCUCAGAAAGACUUCAACCUGGAGAAGAUGGCUGGUAAGUGGUGGGCCGUGGGCUUUGCCACCAACGCCCAGUGGUUUGUGAAACGUAAGGGUGGUAUGAAGAUGGGAACUUCCAUAAUGCUGCCCACUGCCGGAGGAGACCUGGACAUCAGCAGCGCCAUGCGCAAGGCUGAUGGCUCUUGCUGGAGGAUGACCGAACUGGCCAAGAAGACUGACAUCCCAGGCCGCUUCACCUUCACCAGCCAGCGUUGGAACAAUGAAAAUGACAUGCGUGUGGUAGCUGUCCAGUAUGAUGACUUUGCUCUGAUCCACACCAUCAAGACCAAACACGGAGUAACUGACGUGCACAACAAACUCUUCAGUCGCACUCCAGAGGUGAGCGCAGAUCUCCUGAAGAAGUUCAUGCAGUUCUCUCUGGAUACAGGAAUCCUCUCUGGGAACAUUGUUAUCCUGCCCAAGAACGGUGAAUGUGCCGAGGCAUAAAUGUUCAUUCAUCCCAUUCUCCCUCUGCUACUCUUCCACUGUCAUCUGUCUCCAUUUCACAUCAAACACUCUUUUCCUGGAAGACUGAAGACUGCAUAUAUUGAGGGAUUUAUACCACAAAUUUGAAUUAUUUUCCGCCAAUUCAAUAUGAACAAAAUAAUAAAAGAUGAUUAAAAAAACAUAUUUCUCAAGUUGAUUACAGUCUUUUAUAGGGGGAAAAACCGAAGUCAUUUUUUCAUGGCUCAUGGAUUUAAAAAUAACCAUAGCUUCAGGUACAUCUAAAAAUAACAAAGUUAAUGUGUUUACCUAA